AUGAAACAACAAAGUCAUCUUGCUAUCUAUCCAUCAUCUUUGUUCCUAGUAAAUCAAAACUAUCUUACCUGGAGAUGUGCAUUCCUUAUACUCACUCAUAUGAAUUUAGAGAUCCAAGCAAGUGGUCUUGAAGGACCGAUACCUGAAAGUCUUUCAAUCUUGAGCAAUAUGAAAGAACUGCAAAUCAAGGCCACCACCAAUAAGUUUGCUCAUUCAAAUAAACUUGGAGAGGGCGGUUUUGGAUCAGUCUAUAAGGGUACACUGUUAGAUGGAACUCCAAUUGAUGUGAAGCAGCUCUCUUCCAAAUCAAACCAAGGAAACCGUGAAUUUGUGAAUGAAAUAGGCAUGAUGGCUGGUAUACAACACGCUAAUGUUGUAAGGCUACAUGGGUCUUGUGUGGAACGAAACCACCUAGUCCUUGUUUACGAGUACAUGGAGAAUAAUUCUCUACCACAUGCUCUAUUUGGGAAGGCUGAGUUGGAAAUUGAUUGGCCUACAAGACUAAGGAUUUGUGUUGGCAUUGCAAAAGGCUUGACAUUCUUGCACGAUGAAUCGGUGCUCAAAAUGGUUCAUAGGGACAUCAAGGCGACAAAUAUACUCCUGGAUGCUGACCUCACUCUAAAAAUCUCAGAUUUUGGUUUGGCAAAGCUUGAUGAAGAAGAAAACACUCAUAUUACCACAAGAGUUGUUGGAACUAUAGGGUACAUGGCACCAGAAUAUGCAUUAUGGGGCUUCUUAACCUAUAAAGCAUAUGUGUACAGUUUUGGGGUUCUUGCUCUGGAAAUCAUUGCUGGAAAGAACAAUAUGAAAUAUCAGCCAAACGAAGAUUGUUUUUGUCUUCUUGAUCAAGGGAGUUUGAUAGACUUGGUGGACCCAAGAUUGGGUUCUGAAUUCAAUAAAAAAGAAGCAGUGGGGAUGCUUAAAAUUACUCUAUUAUGCACUAAUCAGUCCCGGGGUCUUAGGCCCACCAUGUAUGAAGUAGUGACUAUGCUUGAAGGUCAUACAAAAAUCAAGGAUCCAAAUGUAGAUGUAAUAAUGUAUGAAGAGGAGUUAAGGUUUCAAGAACUUGGAAAGACGUUUGAAGAGAUGCAGUCUCAUGACUCUGAACAAACAGAGAUUUCAAAUAAACCAACAUCUUCCAACUCAAAUGAUCUCUAUCCCGAUAGUCAAAUUUCUGAAACGUUUUGA